ACCAUCCAACAUGGCCGAGAGAAACAGAUCUAUUCACUUGGGCUCCCCUCAUUCUGCAGCCCUGUCAAAAUAUUAUUGGGAGGAACCUGAGCUGACCACAGAGGAAGAAGAACAUGGGAUUUGCUAUUCACUUCGACGGGUUUUCCCUCCGCCUUCCUUCAGGUGUUCUUCCCCUCCGUCGGACUGCCACGCCAGGAAGACGGUGAGGCGGAUCUUGGCCCUCUGCUCCAUCUCCUUGUUCUCCUUGUUGGGAAACACCGCUCUGGACCUAAGCCCCAUCCUGGAGUCCCGGAGGCAUGUGGAAAAGGCCAUCAGCAACCUCUCUUCGUGCCAGAGUUUCCUGGCGCUUUCCAUGUUCAACCUCCUUGUCCAAGAACCAAAUUGGCAAGGAGGAAGAAGAGGAGACAUGGUUGAGGAGGACUCUCGGCCGGAAGACACGCUGGAGAGCUGGGUUGCCUUCUGCAAAGAAUCCUGGUGCAACCAUCAUUUCAGCUGCCCGACUUACACCACCUCCAUCAGGGAGGUCAACGGCACCGCUGGGAUGGCAUUCCCACCGUUCGACAUGAUUGCAAGGAUGUUGGAGAUCCUCCAGGAGUUUGAGGAGGGAGAGGCCCAAAAGAGGAGGUCAAAUCCAGACUGGUUAGAUGUGGUCUUUCUCAGGCUUCUCCUGAGAGCCAAAGGCAACAUGCUACGGGCUCCAGAAACGUCCCGCGACCCUGAAGAGGCCCAAGCUUUGUGGCACCGGCUGUCUUCUCUUCUUCUUUCUUCUGUUUUCGUCUCAGAAAGCACCCAAGAAUGUUGGGCUGAGCAUCCUGACUUCUCCAUCCUGGCCACCCACACGGUCACUCCUCCUCCAGGAUUUCAAUCCCUGUCCCCUCCUUUGAUGGAUGAAUUUGACGUCCUCCAGAGAUGCUUGCUUCAGAAAAGCCGGGAGCAGCUACAGAAGAAAUCUAAGGAUAUCAUCUCCCUGGUCAGCCUCAAAAUCACCCUCUUGGUGGUCACCAGUCUUAUCUACCCGGCUGUCCUUUUUUCCUUCAAAGAGAUGACCGAAUGGAUCCAAAAUUAUGCCAGGACCCUCAAGGAACGAACGGAGGAUCUGAAACAGGAAAGACAAAUAGCUGAAGACCUUCUUCAUCAAAUGCUGCCCAAAUCCGUGGCCAAACAGCUACGGAAACACAAGCAUGUAGAGGCAGAAAAUUAUGACCAG